AUGGGUACUUGUACCGACUGGCAUUCCUCCAUACUGUCUGCCUUGGACUCCAAGCCUCCGCUUGCUGAUCCACACUCCUUUGCCAUGGCCUGGAGGGCAGGUUUCUUUCAGGAAAUUCAUCGCCGCUUUCAGGUGGGCGAUGAUCCUGAAGAUAUCGAUGUCACUCAUAGGCGAGUACUGGAUCGUAUUUUGUCAGAACGCAAUGUUGGGAUGGAGUUUUGGGACGAAGAAACGAGAAAUGAUCUGGUUCGAAGCUGGCAUAUUCAACAAGCUUGGCCCGACGCAGUCAAAGGCCUUGAGAGGCUGAGGAAUAAGUUUUUCGUCAUCGUCCUGGCCAACGGUACUACACGUCUUCAGCUCGACAUCAUUAAGUCUUCCCGGCUCCCAUUUCAUACCCUGUUGUCGUCCCAGCUCUUGAACCUCACGAAACCCGAUCCAAAAAUUUACCAGAAAGCAAUAAAUUUUCUCGAUCUCAAGCCCGAGGAAUGUCUCAUGGUCGCUUCCCAUGCCUAUGAUUUGAGAGCUGCUGCAAGGACUGGGAUGAAAACAGCCUAUAUCCACCGAUCUACUGAGGAUCCAGAGGAAGAUAUAGACCACUUGAGACAGACUUUUGACUUUUUUGUUGAAGGGACAGACGGAAGCGAUAUCAGUGGGUUGGUUAAAUUGGCAAACAUCUUACAGACAUGA